CUUUGACUCUAACGACAACGAGUUACGAGAUGUACUUGUGUUUAUUGUUUGGGAAUAAUAAAUAAUCACAUUUUCAGAUACAUAUUAAUAUGUUCAGAUAUGAUACUUAGCACCACUCAAUAAUGAAAUAGCCUAUUAAAAUUGAGAUGAACUCGGCUUUAAGUAGAAGUCGAGUGAGCCCAGAGCAAUUAGACACACUACUCUCUUUUAUGGAAGAGCAUCCAGAUUUCGCUGCAAAUAAACAGUCUGUGUAUUCGAGAUUUAGUUCGAGUAAGUUGUGGCGUUUGCUGGCCGAAAGAUUAAACGCUGUCGCUGCUGAUACGUGCGGUGCUCGAAAGUCACCCGAUAAAUGGUGCAGAUACUGGGCAGAUAUAAAAUACAAAGCGAGAAAGAAGUAUGCCUCAGUAGGUGAUCCUGCAGAGCUAUCCAGUGUUGAGGAACGGUUGCAGAAUAUCAUCAAUCACAAGUCUAGUGAACGAAGCGGGACCUCGGGGGCGGGCGCAGGCUCCAGCGGCUGUGUUUCUGACGACGCGGACGACAGGAGGCCGGCUGACGAAGACGACAUGGCGUCCGAGGGCUCCGGGCAUGGUGAGCCGCGACUCAGCACCGAGGAGCUGCUGGCCGAGGCCGCUAUGCGGACUGCGUUGGCCGCCGAGAAGCAAGCCGAAGCCGUCGUGCAAGCCGUGGAUCUACUGCGAGAACUGGUAGCAGCGAUGCGAGAGCGCGCACCGCCACCGCAGCCUCCGCCGCAACCGCCGCCGCACCUCGCGCCGCACGAUCACGCGCUUGCUAUGCACCAUCACCACCGGCUGUGA